AUGGUUACAUCAUCAAAACAUAUAGUUUUUGGAUCAGGGGUAAAAAGAUUCGGCAAAAACACCGGUCAUCCUAAUUUAGAUCCCAGUGGACUUCACGUUAAGAGACCUGAUGGUUGUGAUCCUUGUCUUUAUCAUCCACAACCUAUUAAUGAAAUAUUUGACUUUAGAAAACGUUACAAAAAGAACAUUGACCCGUGGAGAUACAAAAGUGAAUUAGAAGAUUGGUCAAAAAAUCUGGGCUACAGAAACCAAAAAAUACUUGAACAAAAGAGAUGGUUUGAUUCCAUAUUAGGCCCAGCAUGGCAUACUAUAUCAGAACCCGCUAAAUAUGAGGCUGCCUGUAAAAAUGUUGGUUUCGGGAGAACAAUUCGAUUUAGGUCGACAACUAAUACAAGCCCUAAUCCAGGUACUUAUUAUAAAGCUGUACCUUUUAAAUCGCUCUUUGGGCCACACUCAAGUAAACCAACAUUUGAGAUGAGAGAACUAUGCAGAUUCAAAGAUAAAUCUCCAAAAUGGUCGCUACCACCAAAUCGUUACCAUAUUAUAGAUAAAGACAGCAUUCAAGAAAAAUCUAAGAAAUUAGUAUCUCGAAGAGGGCCUUACGAUUUAUUCACUGGGGUGCGUGAUGAAAGUACAAUAAAAACUCAUUUUAAUACACCUUCAAAGUGUUCUGCUGCUACCUGGCCUGUCGCUCUUGAAGGAAGUUUAGAAACGUAUAAAAAAUCACAUUUCGGCGUAAUGAAUAAAACCAAUAGAGAGAAACCUUGCAGAAGCCGUAAUACACUAGUCGAUUUAGCAAUGUGCCUGCGGAAGCCAGAAGAACCGGGACCGGCGGACACAAAUAUUGAUAAACCUAAAAUUUUUAAGCAAAACAAGUACGGAUUCAACAGUUCAGAUGAUAAGCCCCCUGGAUAUCAACGCGCCUUAGUAUGGCCUGCUGUGGGACGAUAUAAUAUUAAAGGAAUUACUUGCGGAAUAGUAGGUCAGGGACAUCGCCAUAUAUUUUUAAGUAAACAAAGUAGAACAAUUGGCGCAAUUUUACCAAAACCAAUGAACUCUUUCUAA